CCGUUGCAGGCGCCCGUGUCGUUCGAGGACGUGACCGUGGAGCUCACCCCGGAGGAGUGGCGGCGGAUGGGCCCCGGGGGCCGGAGCCUGUACCGGGACGUGACGCUGGAGACCUUCGGCCACCUCGUCGCAGUGGGCUACUGCUUUACGAAACCAAAAUUGAUCUUCACAUUGGAACAAGGAGAAGACCCAUGGUCGUUGCAAAAAGAAAAAGAACUUCUAAGCAGGCAUUCCCCAGAAGUCUCCCAACCUGAUGACAUCUCAGAGAAGAGCCCAGAAAACCAAGGCAAACAUUUGUGGCAAGUUUUAUUCACCAAUAAAUCAUUGACAACACAGCAAGAAAUUUCAGGAAAACUGUAUAAUCUGGACAUAAGCAUUUUUCCUGCAAGAAUGAUACCCUGUGAAUGUGACACUGCUUACAUGGGUCACAGUCCAUUGGCACCACACUGCCAGCAUUCAAAAGAAAAGGCUCAUGAGUGCAAUGUAUGUGAAAAAUGGCUCCUCAAUAUGAAUGACAGAACUAAUACUCAAGAGAAAUAUUUUGUUUACAGUAAAGAUGUGAAGGCACUCAGUCAUAAGGAGGAAGUUAUUCAACACCAGACAGUUCAGACUUUGGGACGAGCUUUUGAAUGUAAUGAAAGUAGAAAAGCUUUCCAUCAAAAGGCUGCCCUCGUAUCUAAGAGUGCCCAUCCAAAUGUGAAGUCUUACAAAGUCAAUAAAUUUGGGGAAAACCAAAAUGGUAAAUCACCCUUUAUUGUGUCUCAGAACAUCCAUCCAGAGAAGCAGAGUCACUAUGAGUUUAAUGAAAAUGAAAAUUGUUUCAGUAGGAUCACUCAAAAAACUGACACAGGAGGGAAAUCUUUCAGCCAAAAAUCACACAUUAGGGAACAUCAGAGAAUUCAUGUAGGGGUGAAACCCUUAGAAUAUGGAAAAAUUUUCAGCCACAAUUCAGUCCUCCCAGUGCCUCAUAGAACUCACGCAACAAAUAAAUCUUCUGAUCAUAACACAUGUACAGAGACAUUUAGCUACCAGUCAACUUUCUGCGUACAUCAGAGAACCCACGUAAGGGUAAAACCCCAUGAGUGUAAUGAGUGUGGAAAAUCCUGCGCUAUGAACUCACAUUUGAUUCAGCCUCAGAAAAGUCACACUGGGGAGAAACCCUAUGAAUGUCAUGAAUGUGGGAAAGCUUUUAGUGAGAAGUCACGCCUAAGAAAACAUCAGAGAACUCACACAGGAGAGAAACCAUAUAAAUGUGAUGGAUGUGAGAAAGCUUUCAGUGCAAAGUCAGGCCUAAGAAUACAUCAGAGAACCCACACAGGGGAGAAACCCUUUGAAUGCAAUGAAUGUGGGAAGUCUUUCAACUAUAAGUCAAUCCUCAUAGUGCAUCAGAGAACACACACAGGGGAGAAACCCUUUGAAUGUAAUGAAUGUGGGAAAUCUUUCAGUCAUAUGUCAGGCCUAAGAAAUCAUCGGAGAACUCACACGGGCGAAAGACCAUAUAAGUGUGGUGAAUGUGGGAAAGCUUUCAAACUGAAAUCAGGCCUGAGAAAACAUCAUAGAACACAUACAGGGGAGAAGCCCUACAAGUGUCAUCAGUGUGGAAAAGCUUUUGGUCAGAAAUCACAACUCAGAGGACAUCAUAGAAUUCACACAGGGGAGAAACCCUAUAAAUGUAAUCAUUGUGGGGAAGCUUUCAGUCAGAAGUCAAACCUCAGAGUUCAUCACAGAACUCAUACUGGGGAGAGACCUUAUAAAUGUGAUGAGUGUGGAAAAACUUUCAGACAGAAAUCAAAUCUCCGAGGGCAUCAGAGAACUCACACCGGGGAGAAGCCCUAUGAAUGUAAUGAAUGUGGAAAAGCCUUCAGUGAGAAGUCAGUCCUAAGAAAACAUCAGCGAACUCACACAGGGGAGAAACCCUAUAAUUGUAAUCAGUGUGGGGAAGCUUUCAGUCAGAAAUCAAACCUCAGAGUACACCAGAGAACUCAUACAGGGGAGAAACCCUAUAAAUGUAAUAAAUGUGGGAAAACUUUCAGUCAGAAAUCAAGCCUCAGAGAACAUCAGAAAGCUCACCCGGGGGAUUAAAGAAUGUGAGAAAACUUGGAACUGGAAAUCAAACCUCACAACAUGUGGAAACACACAAGAGAGAACUAUGAAUGUAGUGAACACUGGAGCUUUCCUCUGCAUAACUUCAGCCUUCAUCCGACACCAAAGGACCUACUCAGGAGAGAAAUUCUUAAAAUACAUUGUAUAUGGACAGUCUUUCAGCCAGAGUGCAGUCCUUAUGGGUAUCAGAGAUCUCACCCAACAAAGAAACCCUAUGAAGAUAGUGAAUGUGGGAAAUGCUCUGUGAACUUAGUGCUUCAGAAAAGUUCUGAGGAUAAUAAAAACGUGAAAAUUUGUCAGCAUUCAGAACUCAUCCAUCAUCAGAGACAUCACAUAAUGAGAAAACCUAGAAUGUAAUAAAUGUGUGGCCAGCUUUCUCAGUGUAGCAGAAAAUACACAGAAGGUAGAGAGACUUCAUACUCCAUCAAAACAGACAGGAAAUGAAGGUGGUGGAUGUGGGAAAUCCUACCAUAAGUCAGCCCUCAGUGUAACUUAGAGGCAAUCCCUACGUGUCACAUGACUAUGAGACAGUUCACCAAUAGUCAUUUUCCCUUUCCCCUCAUUUCACAAACAGCCUAAAUUUCUCAACCACUCUGUCAUCUAAAUGGGGUCAUGUUGGUAACCUCUAGUUAGUGGAAUCUGGAGGCCAGUGACAAGUCUCAUUAAAUACAUCACUCAAAUUCUCAGUAUUGUCUUCUGGCCCUCAUCAGAAUGGAAUGGAAGGAAACCUUGGGUCUCAGACACUGACAAAGGAAGAGGGUAAGCUGACAGGAACAGAGGUCAAAGAAUGACCCUGUGGAAUGAAGUAUUCUCCACUUACACAGUUGGACUUUUUGCAGCAGGGAAAUGAACUUCUUGCAGAACUUCGCUUGCGUAUACUUGAUACUGACAUGCUCACGAACCCUCAGACAAUAAAACCUGUGGAUAUGGUUUUUGAAGACAUCUGAACUCAGUGUACGUCAGAAAAGUCACACAGGAGAAACCUCUGACAGUAACCUGAAUGACCAUAGCUUUUAUUCCUCAUCAGUCGGGUAAUAUAAGGGAAAGAAAUCAAACAUUUUAACACAUGUAGGAAAUUCUUCACCGAAGAAAAAAAAUCUCAAUAAAUGAUAAUUGAGUUUUAAAUAUGUGAAAGUUUUCAACAAAUUAUCACACUUUAUUAUCAAAGUUGUAUACAAAGGGAAAACCUGUCCACUUGAGAAAGGUAAGUAACAGCCUUUACCUAGGUAUUUUUAUAUCAGAACUAUUGUUUCAUGUCAUUUCAAAAUCUUUAAUGACAUAGGACAAUAUUGAUUAAUAGACACUAAAAUAAGCUUUAAAAGAACAAGAAAUAAAUUGCAUAAACAGGACAGCAGCAUUGAAAGUAUGUGAAUGUUUUUGAAGUUGUUUGCCUAUGUGGAUACAAAUGUGUGCUUGUCACUUAGUGGUAUUUGUUCUAUAUGAUGUGUAUUGAAACUCAACAUCAUUGUAACAGGAUAUGUACCCUUUUUUAGUAACUAUUCUGACAUCAGCUACAAUUUGCCACACAUAUAUUAAUUAUAAAUAAAUCUGCUACAAAAAAUACCUAAAAGUUCAGAGUGCCAUACCGCAUUCCCUGCUGUCUUCUGACGUGUGUAUAUGGAAAAGGC